AUGGACGCGGAGUUGGGCACAUCUCUGCUGUGCGCCGACAGCAUGCGGAUUUUUGGCGCUGUCUUGGUGGCGUACCACAACCACAUUGUGCCCUACUUCCAGUCGAGUCAGGUCGGGGAGUUCACGAAGGGUUUCGACUUCUCCCAUGAUGGCGUGAGGUUCCAGGUGGUGGGCGUGUUGCCCGAGGACGGCUACGGGGUGGCGGGUCAGAGUACCGAGAUCUUCUACGAGGGCCCGGAGAUCGAGCGGAAGGUGCUGGAGCGAUUGCACGCGCUGCCCUUUGAGGACGGCCUGCCGGAGAAGUACCGGCCCAGCAAGUUAUCUUUGGACGAGGCGGCGCUGCUGCGCGACUUUUUGCGGCCCUACUUUGGGCAGCGGAGCGCCACGGUGAAGGCCAACGAUGUGCUGGAGAUCCAGGGGGUGAAGUUCAAGGUGAUCUCCACGCGGCCCACGGAGGGCGGAGGGGUGGGGAAGGACACGGAGCUGGUGUGUCAGGGCGUGGCGCUCAGGGAGAGCUUUCAGCCUGCGGCGCGGAGCAAGGCCAAGGCGGCCGCUAAGCCGGGCGCCAAGCCGGCGGCCAAGGCGGCGGCGGCGGCGGCUUCGUCGGAUGGCCAGUGCCGGGUGAUGUCGCUGAACAAGUUCAUGGCCUUCGAGAACCGGGACCCCUUCCAAGCGAAGCAGGAGCAGAUGGAAAAUCCGAAUUGCACCGCCUGGCAUAGAUGGUGUGCAGAUCAGUACCUCAGGUUAGCCAUGGAGGAGGGUGAGGAGAUGGACGACUCCGUAGAUGGAUCGGGGCGGCCGCUCGAGCACAUGGCAAGCCGAAAGGGCGUGGUCACACUGCAGACCUGUGCUCAUCCAAAUCGAGGCCAUGCCUUUCCAUGCGGCGAUGCCGGCGGCCUGCUUCUUCGCGCCGGCGCCAAGCUGGGUUUCGAUCCCGCGCAGGUCCUGGCCGCGGACAGCGAUGCUUCCGCGGCCUCCUCGGCGGCUGCAGCCGUUGUCCGGAAGCUGCCUGCGCGCUGCUGCUGCGGCGCGCAUCCCGCGAAGGGCGCGUCGGGCGCGGAAGACCUGCAGCGGCUGCUGGACGUUGGGGCGAAACGCGUCACGCUGCACCUGGCGGAGGAGUCGAGACCUUUGGAGGUCUUUGAGGGCUCAAAGGACGGGGAGACAUGCCCGGCGCCCGCCGCACGGCCAGCAGAGCCGGCACCUGGGGCGUCGGAGCUGCCGGCGCCGGCGACGUCGGAGAGGGAGCAGCGGCUCCGGAAGCAGCCGCCCCGGCAACUGCGUCAGAGGGCGCAAGCCUUGUGGGCCGUGCUGGAGAAGAAGUCCUUCAAGGGGGUCCUUCAGGCGAGGGAAGAUCUGUGA